AUGGAAAGUUUGAAGUUUGAGCGAGAACUUCGUCAGGCGGAUGCAGAUUGCAUCACAAAGCUAGAAGAGGCAAUACUGCAAAUGAAAGUCAAAUUGGACCCGGAAACUCAAUUGACUCGGGCGGAGACAGUUCGCAUCAACCUCCAACGCUUCCAGUCAUCAGACGGAUGUCGAGCGAUUUAUAACCUGGAUCCGUGGUGUCCAGAUUUUUUUGCCACGAAAGGCGUCACUCAUGAGGACAACAAAAUCCAAUUGAUUGGUGGUCUCAUCAGGGAAACCAACACGACCACGUUCUACGCUAGCGGUUUUGAAGGUUUCCUGGGAAAACCUUGGACAGAUUUCAAAGCAAAACUUAUUGCUUUUGCGCUCCCACCCAACUGGCGCACAAUGCUCCAAGGGAAAUUCAAAAACCUUCAGAUGCAUAAUUACGAAUCGUUUUUAGCCUAA